AUGCCAGACCUAGGAGGAAAUGUCUCUCUCUCCUCUUCUCUUACUCUCACGCGCUGCCCUACUUUUAAACCCAACUCUCCUCUUCCUCCUCCUGAUGCCACUGACCAAUCAGAUUCAAUUACUGCAACGACGAUGACAACUUCUGUUUCAGCCAAAAGCCUAGUCGAUUGGGACGAGAGUGUUCAAGUGGGAGCGGAAGAUUUGUGCAAUGGAAGUUCAAUUAGGGUUUUUAAGCGGAUCCGCGGUGGCCGAUUGGGUUGUAAGAAAGGGCUUAUUAAUAAUAACAAUAAUGGUAGAUGCUUGGAUGAUUACGUUAGGGUUUGGGUUCAGAAGAAGAUGGAUUUGGGUGUCGCACAAUCUCGUUGCUUUCUUCCUUUUCUUGCUGGUGCAAAGAAAAUGGCAUCCAAGCUUGAAUAUUGGGUUUUUGCUUUCGGUGUGACGGAUGGAAAUAAGGUCAAUAUGGAUGAGGCUUGUCUUUUUUGCCAUAGAUUUAUCUACUCUGGGGAGGGAAUGGCAUGCUCUGUUCGUAAUUGUGAGAGAGUUUAUCACUUAACAUGUGUCAUGGAAAGGCUUGGAGUCUCAAAUCUGAGAAAAUUUAAGUGCCCUCAGCAUCAUGUGGUUCCAGCAACUGAUAUUGAGGAAAUAUUUUGUCGUUUGCCUCUACCUUACAUUGAUGAGGAGUUCAAGAUUGAUUCAACAUGGAAAGACCUGACAGAGAAUAAACUAGAACCGGCUCCAUAUGUGCAUAUCAGGCGCAAUGUUUACCUAGUAAAGAAGAAGCGUGAUGAUUCUGAUGGUGAUGUUGGAUGCACAAAUUGCACUUCUACAUGCUGUGAGAAUUGCAUGUGCAGGGUUCAAUGUAUAAGCUGCUCCAGGGCGUGCCGCUGCCCUGAAACAUGCACCAACAGGCCAUUUCGCAAGGAUAAAAAGACAAAAAUUGUCAAGACUGAGUUUUGUGGUUGGGGAGUGGAGGCAGCUGAACCAAUAUGUAAAGGCGAUUUUAUAAUUGAGUAUAUUGGAGAAGUAAUUGAUGAUAAAUUGUGUGAACAAAGGCUUUGGGACAUGAAAUACAAAGGUGUGCAGAACUUCUACAUGUGCGAAAUUCGGAAGGACUUCACAAUUGAUGCAACUUUUAAGGGAAAUUCAUCUCGUUUUCUAAAUCAUAGUUGCAAACCCAACUGUAUCCUAGAAAAGUGGGAAGUUGAGGGAGAGACCCGGGUGGGAGUGUUUGCUGCUCAUUCAAUAAGAGUUGGAGAACCAUUAACAUAUGAUUACAGCGGACAGGGAACUGGACUAUCAAAGUUGACAAUAGCUUUGCUGUAUUGGCCUUUUGAAAUGGUAUGGGCAAAGCAAUCUGGUGCCAUUUCUUCUCUUUUCCUGCCACCUGGAGCAUUAGUGCCUACUUUUGGGAGCCAGAAUAACAUAGGUGAAGUGCUAUUGUGGGGCUCCGAACUGUCAGGGAUAUCUUGGAACCAAAAAAAGAUUGCUAAGUUGAACAUUGGCUGGGGUGCAAAACGAAAGAGAACAUCAACUGCAUGCGUAGCCAGCAUAACUAUUUGA